AUAACGCAACGCGUGGUGGAUGCUUCAGGGGAAUAUCGGGUCGACCGGGCACUCAUGCUCAUGUGUGCGAGUGCGUGCCUUAGGUUGAAUUCUGCGGCCAAAGUCGUAUGCGCCAAAAUGAAAUACCUAUGUGGCUUGACUCUCUGGGAAUAUGCUUGUAUUUCGCACUUGAGCACGCAUCCGAGAGUUCAGUGGUUCUCCGGUACCACCCAGAACGACCAGGGAAUCUUAAGAUUGACUUAGGCACACAUAUGCACAAAUGUCGUGAUAGAUCUUGCGUCAGCAUAUUGUCAUGGUGUAUAAAAUGUGGUCACCUUUCUAUGACCCCACUGGUGCACCCCAACCUCACUCAUUGCUUCCCAACCAACGCCCAACCUUGCGUCAAAACUCGCAAACAUGGCCCAAUACACCACCCCGCCCAAACCCUCCCAGCUCGAUCCAAACGCUUCCAUCGGUUCUCUUGCCGUUCAGCUCGACGUCGAUUCCCUCUUCAAAUCCCGAAACCACGACAUUGAAGGCAUCCUUGCCUUCCAACGUUUGGCCAACUACCUCUCUGCUGCUCAGAUCUUCCUCCAAUCCAAUGCGCUCCUAGAAGAGCCACUCACCAAGGACAACGUCAAACCUCGUCUGCUCGGACAUUGGGGUACAUGCGGGGGACUUAAUCUCACAUAUACUCAUGCCACUGCAUUGAUAAGCCGACACGAACAAGCAGGUGAAGAUGUACAAAUCUUGUAUAUCACUGGCCCUGGACAUGGGGCUCCGGCGAUUCUCUCCGUUCUAUACCUAGAGGGGACGAUCACCCGAUUUUACCCUCAAUAUCAAUUGAACAAAUCUGGAGUUGAGAAAUUCGUCAAGGCAUUCUCAUGGCCUGGUGGCUUCCCCUCACACGUAAACGCUGAGACCCCUGGAGCCAUCCAUGAAGGUGGAGAACUCGGUUAUGCUUUAGCUGUGGCUUAUGGCGCCGUCAUGGACAAGCCUAACCUCAUUACAGUCGCCGUCAUUGGAGAUGGAGAAUCUGAGACUGGUCCCACCGCAACCGCUUGGCACGCGCACAAGUUCAUCGAUCCCAAGGAAAGCGGUGCCGUCCUUCCCAUUCUCCAUCUCAAUGGCUAUAAGAUUUCCGAACGCACCGUCCCUGGUACGAUGGACGAUCUAGAGCUUGCGGCGCUUUUCACCGGGUACGGUUACCAAGUUCGUUUCGUUGAGUACGGACCUCUUGCAGAGUCCAAGGAAGAGGAAAAGAGGAAGGAAUACGAGCUCAACGUCAAUACAGCCGUCAGCUUAGAAUGGGCCUAUGAGGAAAUUAGGAAAAUUCAAAAAGCUGCACGUUCAGGCAACCCCAUCACAAAGCCUCGUUGGCCUAUCAUUAUCCUACGCACGCCAAAGGGAUAUACCGGUCCUCGAAGUGUUGACGGCCUACCUGUACUCGGAUCGUUCCGCGCUCACCAAGUCCCCCUUCCGGCGGCUAAGACAGACGAUAAGCAGCUCGCGUCACUCGGCGAAUGGCUGAAAUCGUAUGACGUCACCCCACUCAUCGUGGGGGAUAGGGGACAGAGCGAGAAAGUAUCUAGGCUGCCUGGCGAUGUGCACCCUGAAGCACUUUUCAGUCACACCGCGUUGAGGAUCUUACCAAAGAAAGUCGAGAGGAGGAUAGGGAUGAUUAAGGAGAGCUAUGCUGGGUAUGAACCGUUGGACGUUCCUGCAUUUGAAGACUUUGUGGACACGAGUAAGAAAGAGCAAAGCCCAAUGAAAGCUGUUGGAGCCUAUUUGGUGGAAGUUGUCAAGAGGAAUCCCACGACAUUUAGGAUAUUCAGCCCUGACGAACUCGGAUCGAACAAACUUGAUAAAGUCUUUGACGUCACUCACCGGUUAUUCCAAUGGGACCCAGAGACUGCUCACGCUGGAGGUCGAGUGGUCGAGAUGCUAUCCGAACACACUCUUCAAGGUUUCUUGCAAGGAUACAGCCUCACAGGAAGGACGGGUCUCUUCCCUUCGUAUGAAGCUUUCCUAGGAAUCGUUACGACCAUGGUUCAGCAGUAUGCGAAGUUCGCUAAGAUUGCCGUGGAGACGAAUUGGAGGACAGAUGUUCCGAGUUUGAACUAUAUUAUGACUUCCACCCUCUGGAGACAGGAGCAUAAUGGAUAUUCCCAUCAGAAUCCUGGCUUCAUUGGAUCUCUCCUUACUCUCCCACGUUCGAUGGUCCGGGUUUACCUUCCUCCCGACGCUGCGACUGCUGUGUCUGUGAUAGCUCACUGUCUUCGUUCUAAGAAUUACGUCAAUCUCAUCAUUGGCAGCAAAGCUGACACCCCUGCGUAUUUGACUGUUGAGGAGACGGAUCGACACUGUAUUGCAGGUGUGAGCGUGUGGAAGAAGUAUUCCACGGAUGGCGGUAUCAAUCCUGAUGUGGUCUUGGUUGGUAUCGGGGUCGAGACGACGGCGGAAAUAAUCGCUGCAGCUAGCCUCCUCAAGAAGGAGGGUGUUAGGGUGCGAGUCAUCAAUGUCAUCGAUCUUAUGGUACUCGGGGAAUAUGGCUCACAUCCUCACGCGCUCAGCAAGGAGAGCUUCGAGGGAUUGUUCGGCACCGACACCCCUGUCGUCAUCAAUUUCCAUGGGUAUCCUGCUCAUGUCAAAGCUCUCCUCUUCGAACGCAAUCAGUCAAUUACUAGGAAGAGAUUCGAGGUCUUGGGCUACAUUGAAGAGGGUACUACGACGACGCCCUGGUCAAUGCUUCGUUUGAACAAAGCUGGGCGAUUUGAUAUCGUGGACAAUGCAAUCGGUCUCAUCUCAGUAGCUAAUCCUAAUGGUCCCAUCGCUGUCAAGGGCCACGAAUUACGAUCAUGGUGCCAGCAUAUGAAUCGAACUUACGAGAAGUAUGCAGUGCAGCAUGGUAUCGAUUCUCCCGAGUUGCAUGCCGGAACUGUUUUGUUCGAAGCUUGAAGCUGGCUUUUUUUAAUCUC